AACACUGGUUAAACCUCAAAUGUCAAUUAAAAGUUGGGUUUGCUCUGCUGCACUUUGCAGCGUAUCAAUAUAAAAUAGGUAUAAAUAAAUAUAGUUUUAACAUUGUUUUCCUAAGUGGAAUAAAUUUAUUUACAUGGAUAAGUCAUAAUUGACGAUAACAUCCUUACGGAAGAUAUUGGAAGCUGCAAAUAUGGACGAGCACAGAAGCGUGGAGGACACCCCAGCGUCCCAAAGGCUGACAAAUGAGGACUUCAGGAAGCUGCUGAUGACGCCGAGGGCCACGCCGGCCGCGGGGGCGCACCCUGCCGGCUCAGUGCGCGAGGCCAUGGCUAAUGCGGGAUCUAUGCCACCGCCAGCUGAGAAUAAGGGCGAGUUACGUCGCAAGAAGAAGUCUUAUUAUGCCGCAUUGAAAAAACAAGAAGAUAAUAAGUUAGCCGAGUUGGCCGAGAAGUACAGAGACAGGGCUCGUGAGAGGCGAGACGGACUUAACGAACUGGGUCCUGCAGACCCUACUAGUAAUACAAGCAGUGCUUAUAGAGCAGUCGCACCAGAUGUCAAGUCUGGCAUGGAUGCGAAGGAGCGAAGACGACAAUUGAUUCAGGAAUCCAAGUACCUUGGUGGUGACAUGGAACACACUCACUUGGUGAAAGGUCUUGAUUAUGCUCUGCUACAAAAGGUUCGUUCAGAGAUACAGAGUCGUGAAUUAGAAGAGGAAGCGGAAAUGGAGAGGCUCGUCACAAUGCCAGUAGAAGUCGUUAAAGAGAAGAAAGAAGUGCCCGUGGAGGAGGAGAUGCAAUUCAAAACAUCGAUGGGCAAAAAUAUUUAUGACUUGAUAAUAGAACAAAAGAAUAAGAAAGUGGUUCGCAACGAGAUGUUCGGCGCAGGCCGGAUGGCGUAUGUAGUGGAGUUAGACGAGGAGGGCGCUGCGGACUCCGACAUUCCGACAACACUCACGCGCAGCAAGGCGGACGUGCCGUCACGAGUGGAGGAGAGCUCGGCCGCCGCCGCCGCGGAUAUAGUCCUCGACAAGUUGGCUCAGAUCUUCUCGUACUUGAGACAUGGACGGCAUCGCAAGUUGAAGAGGGCCAAGGACAAGCCGAACGAGAAGGGUCGCAACGAUGACUCGAUAUACGGCGACAUCGGCGAGUACGUCGGCGGCGAGCGACGCUCCGACAGGCGCGACGACCGUCCGCGCGCCCCCUACUUCGACAAGCCGCUCGACGCUGACAAGGAGGAGGGUCCGGGCCCGCUGGCGCGGCGCGCGGCGGCGGGGGGCGCGUCGGCGGAGGAGCGCGACAAGCGGUCGGCGGCGCUGCUGUCGCGGCUGGCGGCGGAGCCCGAGGGCUACGCCGAGUGCUACCCCGGCCUGCGCGAGAUGGACGACGCCAUCGACGACUCCGACGACGAGGUCGACUACACCAAGAUGGACGCGGGCAACAAGAAGGGACCUAUUGGUCGUUGGGACUUCGAUACUCAAGAAGAGUAUUCAGCGUACAUGAGCAGCAAGGAAGCGCUGCCUAAAGCCGCCUUCCAAUACGGUGUGAAGACGCAAGACGGACGGAAAACUCGGAAGACUAAAGACAAGAGCGAGAAGGCAGAAUUGGACAGAGAAUGGCAGCAGAUUCAAAAUAUAAUACAAAAGCGUAAAGCGCCUCAAGCCGGCCACGGAGACGAAACCGGAUUCAAAGUGCCCAAAUAUUAACGUACACGAGCCCUCAAGAAUGCAGAUCUAUAUAAUGAAUAUACAUUAUAUAGUGUUAUGUAGUUGUAUAUAUAUAUAAAUACCAAUAAAUAUAUAAAUGACU